AUGACCCAUUCAUUGAAUUGGCUUGUGAAUGGAAUGUCUGGCCUUUCCCCAUUGGGCAGUGACAGUCCGGGGAACGGUAUAAAUAGGGAAGACAGAGCUCUCUGCACACAGACUGCGCUCAGACUCACGGCCAACCGCUCAGUUUGUAUUUUAAGCCAAAGGAAAAGGAUCAAGUCUUGUUGGUUACACAAUGGAGAGUCCACUGAAGUUUACCAUCCUCUGCCUCCUGCACUUCACCCUGGUGAGCAGUCGCUGCCCCACGGAGUGUGUGUGCCCCCCGGAGCCCCCUCUCUGCCCGCCCGGGAUCAGCACUGUGCUGGACGGCUGUGGCUGCUGUAAGGUGUGUGCCAGACAGCUGAACGAGGACUGCAGCCCAGGCCGGCCAUGCGAUCCUCUCAGGGGUCUGGAGUGUAACCUGGGGGGGGCGAGCGAGGCUGGUGAGGGGCUCGGCAUCUGCAGAGCGAAGUCCGAGGGUAGGACUUGCGAGUACAAUGGGAAGAUCUACCAGAACGGGGAGAAUUUCCAGCCCAGCUGUAAGCACCAGUGCACGUGCCUGGACGGGGCUGUGGGCUGUGUGCCCUUGUGCCCUCAGGAGCUGCCCCUCGCCAGGGCCGACUGCCCCAACCCCCGGCUGGUCAAGGUGCCAGGGCAAUGCUGUCAGACCUUCAUCUGUGACAAGGUCACAUCCAAACUGGGCCUCGCGACCCUCAGCGACCUCUCCAACCUCGCCAACCUGGCCAACUUUGCCAACCUGGCCAACCUCGCCAGCUGGGAUGAUGCCAUCUCUAUCAGCAGCAACAAACUCUUUCAAGGCAAAGCUCACGCACUGAAGACUCUGGCUGCCUGGAGACGCCCGGUACACACUAAGUGUGCGGUGCCCACCACCCCGUGGUCUCCGUGUUCCCGCACAUGUGGAUGGGGCAUCUCCACAAGAACCAGCAGUGAUGGCCCCAGCUGUGAGCCUCGCCUGGAAACACGUCCAUGCCAGGAAAGGGGCUGUGGGCAGAGCCAAGCCCCCCGGCUCAAGAAAGGGAAGAAGUGUUGGCGGCCACACAAGGUGGGGGAACCCGUGCGUCUGACCCACGCCGGGUGUCGGAGUGUGAGACGAUACCAGCCUCUGAGAUGUGGGCAGUGUCGUUCCCCACUGCACUCCCGGGCAGUGCCCGUCCGUUUCCGCUGCCGAAACGGGCACAGCUUCACCAGGGACGUCACGAUGGUCCAGACCUGUCGAUGUGGUCGGCGCUGCCCCCCAGCCAACCUCAACGAGGUCUCGCUCCCCGCACACAGCCGUAGCUCCCGACACUGAGCUCCCGUCACACAGAGGAGAGAGAGAGAGGCCGCAGCCACAGCUACAGCCACAG